UUACGAAAAAAACGCAAUCGGACUCCAUUCGACCCGUUCGUGGGUAAGUAAAUCAGCCCCUAUGUGUUACUGCAUAGUCUCUUAAUCACUCAUUUCCUAUAUGGCUGGGCAAAGAUGCCAGGAUGCAUUAGUUGCAGCCAUGCCCAGACUGGGAUACAAAAUAGUACCUGGCAUUUUAAUUACACAGAGGCCCAAACAGCCCCCCACCAGCCCAAUAAAUAGUGACUGUCUAUGGCAUCUUACAGCAGCCCCUCAGGCAUUUGCCAGAAACCACAGAUUGCCAGUCUGGGCCUCAUUGCAGCCUUUCCUUUUGCUAGCUGUAGUGCCUGGUUUGUUGAAAAGAGCUUUCUUGUAUGGUAGCUAAGAAAGUGGUCAGGCCUGGAGUUUUGUUAUGACUGUCAGUGACAUGCAGUCUAGCAUAAUUCUAUUCAUUAUGUUUGCCCCCACCUACCCACCAAAACUAAUCAGUUUUCCCCCAUUGGGAGAAAAUUGUCAUAUGCCCUUAUCUCAGAGGGCGUUUUUUGUCAAGGUAAAUUGACAUUUACUGUUCUGGCUUAAUAAAUAAAAUGAUUAAAACCAUUCCUUGUUGCUGUAGAUAUUUCAAUCAUUUAAUUUUCUGCUUAAUAUGCUUAGACCUUCUGGUUUCAUAUGACCUGUACUAAUCUAGUAUUUGAUCAUACAAAUCAUAUUUAAUGUGUUCCGCUUACUGGAAUUAAACUUUAGAGAAAAUACUACUGGUUUUUCCUUUCUAUGACAAAUAGUGAUGCUGAAUAUGAAUUUUGCUGUUCCUUAACAUGACAAAUAGAGAUCUUAAAAAGCUUAUUUCUUCCAUAGUUCUAAUAUUUCACUGUUUGUUUGGUAUAAGUUUCUGCGAAGACCCUACUGUAUAUAAACUGAGGAACUAUCCGACGGUUCUAUGCAGUUGCCUGCAAGGAAUACUUGAGAGUGCAGACUUGAUUCUGGGCUUGGCAACAUGAUUGCAGUUUUCCUCCUACUGGCGGCUGUGAGCAGCUACUUCACUCCUGCCACAUCUCAGUGCUUAAAGCAGUGUGUAGAUAACUGCUCACAGACUCCUUUUAUGACUGGCUACCCUGUUUGCGUGCAAAAUGCUUUGGCCACAAAUAAAAUCGGAACCAUUAGCGUUGUAGCACGGGUAAUGUGUGCCUUUGACAGAACCAAGGAUACAAGUAACAAAGUGGAACUCGUAAUGUCAGUCAAUGCAUUUUUGAACGUAACUGGCUGCCCACGCUCACUCAUCUUGGGACCAAGAGGGACUAUGGAUGAUCUAAUCUUGGACAUAAAUGGUUUGCUACAAAACGUUCUCAGAAUAUCAGUCAAUGUUUUGACUCAAUUCAAUCUUGGAAAUCUUGCUAUACCACCUUGUGGCUUACUGAGCAACCUUCUUAUUAAAGUAGAUACAAUUCUGAACAUUGUUGCCGACCUUCCAGUCUCUCAGAUAACUAAAAUCAUUGGUGGGGGACCAGCUGGUGCCUUGGCAAUUUUGCCUGCAGGUUUAUUGGACACAUUGUCGCAUUCUGUUGGGAAUCUGGUAUCAAAUGUGGGAAAUAUAAUUGCAGGACUUUUAAACCAGGUAGGAUCAGUAGUAUCAGGAGUGCCAUCAAUAGUUAGUGGAGCAGGAGGAAGCCAGGUAUGGCAAACAGGAUCUGCUGGAGGAACCCAGGGAUGGCAAACAGGAUCUGCUGGAGGAAACCUGCCAUGGCCAGCAGGAUCUGCAGGAGGAAACCUGGCAUGGCCAGCAGGAUCUGCUGGAGGAAACCUGGCAUGGCCAGCAGGAUCUGCUGGAGGAAACCUGCCAUGGCCAGCAGGAUCUGCAGGAGGAAACCUGGCAUGGCCAGUAGGAUCUGCAGGAGGAAACCUGGCAUGGCCAGUAGGAUCUGCAGGAGGAAACCUGGCAUGGCCAGUAGGAUCUGCAGGAGGAAACCUGGCAUGGCCAGCAGGAGGGCCAGGAACUGCAUAUGCAGUAUCCCCUUUUGACGGAAAUACAUAUAGCAACUAUCAAAAUGUUUAUGGCACUGGAAAUUCAGGAUCUAGUGCUGGAACAGGCACAUGGGUUUCUUGGGGUAGUGCCAAUACAGGUAAUGGAAUGACGGAUCCUUCGAUUAAUGCUGCAGCAACUGGACAAAAUAUUAAUGCAGGCCCCAGUGCCUCUGUAUCCUCAACUGGAGGCGUAAACCUUCUAUUCAAGAAAAAAUAGUAAAGGAAAAGAAAAUUUCAUUCCAGAUCAGCAAAAGAUGAAUGUAAUGCAACCAACUAAAAUCAAUGAUUUAUUUUGGGUAGCUCUAAGAUAUGUACUUUAGUUUAUGAUUCCAAAAUCACUAUAGCACUAGAAAAUAAAUGGCAUUUCACUUAUA